CCCAGCCACUCUCCCUAGGAAACCAGAACUCAGAGCUACGCAGAGUGAGGACCACAGCUGGUGGAGUAUCCAGGUGUGGACAAGAUGGACGCCAAUUCCUCUCUUCCCAUGAAUCAGUCUGCAGCAGUUCAGGUCAUACCUGCUGGCUAUGUCGUCCUGAACAUCUUCUCGUAUUUGAUCCUUGGCGUCACCUUCGUCCUGGGUGUGCUGGGCAACGGGCUUGUGAUCUGGGUGACCGGCUUCCGCAUGACACACACGGUCACUACCAUCUCUUACCUGAACCUGGCCCUGGCCGAUUUCUCCUUCACCUCCACUCUGCCGUUCAUCAUUGUCACCAGGGCCAUGGGGGGACACUGGGCAUUUGGCUGGUUCCUGUGCAAGCUCAUUUUCACGAUAGUGGACGUCAACCUGUUUGGGAGCGUCUUCUUGAUCGCCCUCAUUGCUCUCGACCGCUGUGUCUGUGUCCUGUUCCCAGUCUGGGCCCAGAACCAUCGCAAUGUCAGUCUGGCCAAGAAGGUGAUCUUUGGACCCUGGAUUUGCGCUCUGCUCCUCACCUUGCCAGUUAUCAUUCGUGUGACGACGACGACUCUUCCGAUAGGCAAAACAGCCUGUGGUUUUGACUGGUCUCCCUGGACAAGCGACCCCACAGAGAAGAGGAAGGUAGCUGCUACCAUGUUGCUUGUCAGAGGGAUCAUCCGUUUCAUCAUCGGUUUCAGCACACCCAUGUCCAUUGUGGCCAUCUGCUAUGGGCUCAUCGCCAGAAAGAUCCGCAGACAGGGCAUGAUGAAAUCCAGCCGACCUUUGAGGGUACUCUCCUUUGUUGUGGCUUCCUUUGUUCUCUGCUGGUCCCCCUAUCAGAUCGCAGCCCUCAUAGCCACAGUCAGAAUCAAGGAGCUCUUGCUCGGAAUGGGCCAAGAACUUAGAAUUGCAUUGGAUGUGACAAGCUACCUGGCCUUCUUCAACAGCUGCCUCAACCCCAUGCUCUACGUCUUCAUGGGCCAGGACUUCCGAGAGAGACUCCUGCGCUCCCUGCCUGCCAGUCUGGAGAGGGCCCUGAGUGAGGACUCGGCCCAGACUAGUGACACAGGAACCAGCUCGACCUCGGCUCCUGCAGGGGCUGAGUUACAGGCCGUGUGAGAAGUGAGCAAGACAACACGGGAACUCCCCUUUCCUGCUUCAUUCCAGCUGGAGCUACUGAACCACACACAUGCCUUGCCCGUCUUCGUAUUACCCACUCACCACACAGAAAUUUCUUUGUGCCCUGGAUUUGGGAAGAAGAAAUAGACUUUAAAGCUACCACUGGCGCCUUUUGUCAUUGCUGCACUUGAGCAGGUGGGAAGAGGUGUGAUCUAAAUAACCCAAAAGAGUCCUGAGUGACAGUCAUUGCUCUAACGACCUCCAACUACAUGGUCCCUCUAAGGAGAACACAGUGUUAGGGGAAACUAUGAAAGGUAAGGCUUCCAUUCAGACAAGAAGCAGAAGAGGGUCGGGGUGACCGGGCACAAACACAAAGCUUUCAAGAUUCCAGCUGUGGCUCCUUAGUCCCGUAAGCUAAGCAGAAGACUGCCUAAACCCCUUGUAGAAUACAUCUUGGGAAGUCAUCUCUCCUCUCCACAAGAUCUGUGUUCUGAGUGGAGUUGAUGAGCCCAGCACGAACGCAGGCGUUUCCCUCAAGUUCCUUAGCAGGUUCUUUCACAAGGCUUUUCAAUGUAGAGCCCAGUUUACAAAAGUUCAGCAGUGUGGAAAUACAGAGGAGUUGGCCGGAAAUGUGCAAGUCUCAUUCUGGUUGGACUCAAGACACCUUAAAGCCUGCCCUUCUCCCCACCCCCACCCACCGCCAUCUAAGUUUCUACUGUCUAUUUAUUUAUUUAUUUUACAUUGCAGAGAAAUUUACCUAUUGUUCUAUGCGCUCUUACUGUCUAAGUCUCUUUUCUUAAUCAAAGACACCAUUUUCCUUAAGGUUUCUAGCGUCAAAUCUUAACAGGAUCAUCACAAUUAACACCCACAGCCAUCACCAUUACGUUAUAAAUAAGAAAGAGAAAAGGAGAGAGAACUGGCAGAAGGAAGGGAGUAGAGGGACAGCCUAGGAGUGUCCAGUGUCAACAGAAAAGUUUACACACUGAUUUCAUGCCCGAUCAAGGGCAGACAGACUCAACGGGGCCUUUCUAUGCAGCCCCCAACAGGUAGCCAGUUAAGGCUGCCCACUGACCUCCAAGCCUCUAGGGGGCACUGCCUGAUCUUUGCCACCCACCCACAGACUUCAAUAAAUGGUGCUUUGAACAA